AAACACACGUGUCAAUGUCCGAUCCCACUUUUGACACAGCCGCUCACUGCGCAUGCGCACCAAAACACAACAAAAAUGGCGGCGACAUUGGACUGUGUAUGUCCGCUGGUCACCACACCGCGCACCAUGUAAAGUCUGCGUCCGGCUUCAGCUACACUAACCUGUAUGGUAUACACACCAACAUCACAGCCAUGCUCGAUCUGGAAGUCGUGCCUGAAAGGUCGCUGGGAAACGAGCAAUGGGAGUUCGUCUUGGGAAUGCCCUUUUACCAGGCAGUGAACAUUCUGCGUCGGCAAGACCGCAUUAUCAAAGGUGUGCAGGUGUGGUACAGUGACCAGGCGCCUCUUCAGAUGGACCAGGUGCUGAACCUGUCGCAGGACGGAAUUCGCCUCAUCUUCGAUCCCGUGUCACAGCGCCUCAAGAUUAUCGAAGUCAACAACAUGAGCAAAGUCAAGUUAAAGUACUGCGGAGUGCCCUUCAACACCCCCCAGGUGCGCCCUACCAUCGAGCAGAUCGACCAGUCGUUCGGGGCCACACACCCAGGCGUGUAUAUAACAGAGAAGCAGCUCUUUGUGCUCAACUUCAGGGGGCUGUCCUUUGAAUUUCCUAUUGACUCCAAAUUUGAGCCUAAAUAUGCGCACGGCCUGGGGUCACUGCAGUUCCCCAAUGGAGCUUCCCCAGUGGUGGCUCGCAUGUGCAUCUAUGCUGGCAGCAGUCUGACAGAUUGCAGGGCACCUUCUCUGCCUGUCACAUGUUUCCAUGGAAACUGCUUUUUGGAGUGUCUUGAAGUUUUAAGGGAGCACAAUGUAACACAAGGGCUUAAGUUUCUGCUUGCUACUGAAGGCAAUGGGCAGGGCAAACUUCUAGAUCCCAGGAAAAAGUCAGUGGAGCGCAUCAUACACUUUGGGGACUCGUGCCAGGAUGUGGUUAGUGCACUGGGCUGCCCCAGUAAAGUCUUCUUCAAACUGGAAGAUAAGAUGAAAAUCCAUAUGCCUGAAGCACAUAAACGAAUCAGGUCUCGCAACUCGGAUUACUUCUUCAAUUAUUUUACUAUGGGUGUGGAUGUGCUCUUUGAUGCAAGUACACAUCUAGCAAAAAAGUUUAUCCUGCACACCAACUAUCCUGGCCAUUAUAAUUUCAACAUGUACUGCCGCUGUGAGUUCAAGCUGCCAGUGGUGCUGGAGAAGGUCAAAGUGCAUGGUGGCCAGGGGGAUGAGGACCCACUAAUUAUUACCGCUUACUCUAGGUGGAGUGAAAUUCAGGCUUUGCUUCUACGACCUGAACAGCGCCCAGUCAUUCUGAAUCGGGCAUCCUCCCUGAACACCAGCAAUCCUUUUGGCUCAACCUUCUGCUAUGGCGUUCAAGACAUUAUCUUUGAGGUGAUGCAGAACCAACACAUCGCCUCCGUCACCUUAUACCAGCCACAUCUGCCCUCCUGAUGUCCUUUAGGGCUGCUGGAGCCCGUUGACAGCCACACCUGGCCUGCUUGAUGGGAGUGCUGAGAUUUCCAUCUUGUGCCUGCAAGCAGUCAGUGGCAGCACUGGUGUAUGGUGGGCCAGCUAGGAACCAGACUAGGCACCAAAGAGCACAGAGUAACACCUCUGUGCUGUGUAGGCAUUCAGACAUUCUUUGUUGCGUAAGAACUACUACACUGUGGCAACUUGGUUUGUAGACUACAGCUCCUUGAAAUUUGUUGACCUGUGCUUUUCUUUUCCCAGUAAUUGCACAGUUGCAAUUAAAAUAUGCCAUCGUUGACUUUGACAUUGAACAAGGCAACAGAUUUGGGGGUUACAGCUUAUAGAAAACUGUUGCUAAUGGAGGAGACUGCUGGCAAAUACUGUGGUUGCAAUAUUGUUCCGUCUGUAUUGAUGAAAUUGAUCAAAAUGAAGUCCGCUAUCUGUUGUGUUCUCAGUUUUGGGCAUUCCAUGUCACGUUUUGAUCAUUUCAUUGUACUUUACCUUCCGUGUGGAUAUUUUGGACUUUCCACAACCCCAGCUCUUCAUUGUGCUUGUAAUCAUGGCUUCAGAACAUGCAUCUCUGGGGUCACGAGGAAAAGCAGGAAGUGUGCAAUUAAGGGAAAGGCAAGUGAUGAAUAUCUUUGAGAAACUUUUGCACUCAGUUUGUUCUUUUUUUUUCAAGCAGGGUAUUGUAGAGAUGUGUCUCAAACAUAAGUCUGUUUCAUUUUUGAGCUGUGAAGGUGUGUGCGCACAGCAUAAAGCACAAGGUAAACACGAACAAACUGCUUCAUUUGAGUUGCACAUUGUCUGUUGAAGGUUGGGGAUUGAAGUACAGCAAAUAUCAUCCACUAACUCGCUUUGAUUUGCUGUUUGUCUGUGUUUUUAAAUUGUGCUGCAGAUGGAAGUGUGGAUUCUGGUCAUUUCUUUUAAAGAAGUACAAACUGACAAUUAUGCACUGCUUAUGGCUGAUUGAUGUCGUGCAUGUGAGUGCUGACUGAGCUUGAACGAAUGUUAACACUGCAUCUAAGUUACUUCAUGAGUGUCCUGAAUAAUAAGAUCAUUUUCUUGUUUUUCUGUAAUUUAAAAAAAAAAUUAAUCUGCAAGGAAAGCUUUAUUAAGAGGAGGGAGGGAGAAUUGGUGUUUUACACCAAGCCAGCAACUAAGGCUACAUCACGGCAAGGCAGCCAGUUCUGUAAACAGAUGCUACAUGCACAAAAAGAACAGCGUGCCCGAGACGAGAGCUGAACCCAGGACAGCCCACCUCACUGUAUUGGUGACAGGUGCUAACUAUUGCUCUUAUUUAGAGGAAGUGGAGAAGGUAAUUGUUCACUUUUCAACUCAUCUGUUGACAGCUGUUGAAUCUGUGAGGCUGAACCUUCUGUAAAUUGCAGCUUUAGUCAAUGGCUUUCAUAUCUGUGAUGGUUACAUGCACAUGAUUAUGGAAGACUGUUUAAAUUGAAUUAAAUACCUGGAUGGAUUUUUUUCAUUCUGUCCUCUUACCCCUGUGCAGCAAUUGUGGCAUGUGGCACUUCCAUGUCACAGUCAUGUGGCACACUAUAUUCUGGUGCCAGUGAUCUUGUCAUCAGGUAGGAAAUGAUGAUUGCUGUGCUGUGUGUGUUGACCGUGUGUAAUCUUUUUACCUUACUAAAAGACUAGAAGAUUUGGAUCUCAGCACCAUGGCACAGAGGUUAGUCACAAGCACCGUAUGUGGUAGCACGGAGUCUAGUUUUAUCAGCAGAUGCUAACAUAUUUUUUCUGUGAGAUCUGAGAUUUGCUUUUGAACAUUUUUGUGCAUUAGAUUAUCCACAGGUAUGGGAAAGCAUUGUCAUCAUAAUGGCCAGUCUACAGCUAUCAUGGGCAACAGUGCUGGAUGCAGGAACAACAGCUACUAGUAUGUUGUUACAGACCAACACAGUGACAAGUUUUUAUUCUUUCUUGCAUGCCGAAAUGACCUAGGAAUUAAUAUGCAGGUACCUACAGGAUGUGUUUAAAGUGCACUUUUUCUGUAACUGUGGUGUUAAAUUGUAUUAUUAAAGUUUUCUGCAUCAGACAUUUGUUGCCGCACUGACAGUUUUUGAAUGAGAUUUGAUUUGAGGACUUUCCUCUUGUGCUUUAAUGGUAUCAUGUAAUGUUUGUGUCAAAGGUUUCACCUAGCUGUGAAAGUGUGAAACUUAAUUUCUUCAAAUGUUAUAGAUGACAGUCUUUUGGAUUUUUGGAUACUUAGUCAAGUGUGUUGUGGAAGAGCUGAAGUCUUUCAGCUAAGAUGUUUACAAAUGCAUUUCCUUACUGGAUGAAAGUUGUCAUUAAGUUUUCAUAUUGUUGUUCAUGUUUUAAAUUGAUUCAUUUAUCUCUAGCGCAUCCAAGUCAUGGCUGAAAUAUCAUGAUCUAAGGUAAAAUUGUUACUUGUAAGGUAAGGCCUGUAAGUGAGUUGGUGGGUAAAAUAACAGUCAACUGCAGCUUUACACAAUUCUCUUGACAGAUGUUGAACGUUAAGGGUGUUUAGAUGCAGGAAGGCAACUGAGCAUGACUGGCAGUCUGAACUACAGCUAGGCGCUACGUGGGGCAUGUCCACCAAUAUUUAUGACCCUGGGCCAUGUGUCCACCACUGUUUUUAACACGGGCAUGUGUCCACUAGUGGUUGUGACAAUAGGACAUGUGCCCUCUUAAGUGUUCCUGUCAUGUUAGAGAGCUUCUGUCAUACAUGAGCACUUAGGGUGUCAGGGUGUUGUCAGUGUAGCGUUCCCAUGUCAUGGGACCACACUCUGGGUUACGUGUCUACCAGAAUGUUCAUACCACAAAAACAUAGUCACAUCAGGUGCUCAGGUGGUUUUUCUUUGCCAGUCUUUCAGCAUACAAGGCAAGAGUAGCUACAAAAGAUACUGAUUUCAUUUUACAGUUUUUUUCUCAUUUAAGACUAAUAUUCAUGCUCAAGCUUAUCUCACAUUUGUAUGUUUUCAGAGUGUGUGCUUGCAUGUAGGUGUAAGAGUGCAUUACAUUUAUUUGCUUCCAUGUGUGACAGAGAAAUAUUUUUAGAGUAGCAUCGGAUAAAUUGUUUUAGACUGACAACCAAGAUUAAGAGAAUUAGAGAGAUGAGUUCUAAGUCUUAGAGAAAGACUGGUAAGUCACAAGUAGACUACAUGCAAGCUGAAUACAUGUACAUUAAGUACAGAGAGCAGGGUACUAGUACAUUGUGUGCAGAGAGCAUAGUAUAUGUACACUGAAUACAGAAUACAUGUAGCUUGUGUGCAGGAAGGAUUAUGAGUACAUUAAGUGCAAGACUCGUAGUACAAGUUCAUUGUAUGUGCAUACAGUGCGUGUAGCAUGCUGCUUGUAUAGCAUUGGUGUAGAAACUCUACAUGGACACAAAGUUCGGGAAAAAAGAGAGCUGUUAAGACCACAUUUGUUUCUCUCCCACUUGUAUGAGGUCCUCAUCAGUAGAGGCCUGCAGGUAUCGGCUUCACGCAGGUGUAUCCAGGACAGCAAAGUCAGUUUCCCUGUUGAAGGGAGACAAGCCAGGAGAAAGAGAUGCUGGAUCAUGUCAGACCCUUGCCACACUGGAGAUUUUGAUUGGAUAUUCUCAGGUUAUUCAUAGCUCAUUUUCCUUGUGAUUAUAUGCCUUCGGGCUGCUGUGCAAAAAAAAAAACACCUUAGAUUGUAACAAAGCAUUCCCUCUUUCUUCUCGACCGCAUUUCUUACCAUGAAUGGGCAUACAUACCUUUUAAUGAUGAAUUAAUGAAUUAAAGAUGACUUUCUGAUCUCUA